AUGGCUGAUAGCGCCAGUGAGUUGGAGAGUGACACCAGCUCCCUGGAUGGUGGCCCCACUGUCAGUUCACAAGUACCGUCACUGGACAGCUUUGAGAAGCUGAAGAAACGAGUGGAGUCCCUGGAGCAGGAGAACAAGGUCUUGCGGAUGGAACUAGACACUUAUAAGUUGAAGUGCAAAUCAUUACAAGAAGAGAAUCGUGAACUGAGGCGGGCAAGUGGCUAUAGUAAGUGUCAAGCAAAAGCAGAACAGGAAGAAGAGUUUAUCAGCAACACAUUGCUGAAGAAGAUCCAGUCCCUGAAGAAAGAGAAAGAGAUGUUGGCCAUGAACUAUGAGCAAGAAGAAGAAUACCUCACAAACGAUCUUUCACGCAAACUUAACCAGCUUCGCCAAGAAAAGAUUGAACUGGAGGAGACGCUGGAGAAAGAGCAGGAGUGUCAGAUCAACAAACUGAUGAGGAAGAUCGAGAAGUUGGAGGCAGAUACUUACAACAAACAGCAAACUCUAGAACAGCUGAGACGAGAGAAAGUGGAACUAGAGAAUUCCCUUGAACAAGAACAGGAGUCACUGGUGAACCGACUGUGGAAGCGAAUGGAUAAACUAGAGGCUGAGAAAAGACUGCUUCAGGAGAAGCUGGACCAACCAGUGUCUGCACCUCCAAGUCCUCGUGACAUCCACACUGGCGACACUGCCACCAACUUGGUACAGCACAUCGACAGCCUGAGGUCAGAGGUCAUACGGCUGAAAGAUCAGCUAAGAAGUGCCCAGCUGGAACAUGCUGAGAAAAUGGCACAGUAUGCACAAGAAGAAAGACACAUCAGAGAGGAAAACUUGAGACUUCAGCGCAGACUGCAGCUGGAGAUGGAGAGAAGAGAAAAUUUGUGUCGCCAUCUGUCAGAGUCAGAGUCCAGCCUGGAGAUGGAUGAUGAAAGACACUUCAAUGAGUCGGCCAAGCACCAUGAGCUGGGCUCCAGCAGCCAUGGCAUCAGACCCCGGACGGUGUCUAGCCCCAUCCCCUACAACAGCAGUGGCCCCAGGUCCAUCUCUCCAAGUUUGACCUAUGUUGCUGCCAAGAGUCCACCCAGUCCCAAGCGCCGCCCAGUCCAAGGACAAGCAUUCCACCCACCAGCCCAGCCUCUUGCUGCAGCUCCAGGCCAGUCUAUGAUGCACCAGCCAAGUGGCUCCUCAUCUUCAGUCUUUGAGACCAUGGCAUGUUCCAGCGUCCAGAAGACAACAUCCGAGGCAGAUGUGUUUGCCAAACCUGUGGAAGUGCCAGCUGAGAAACCUGAGAAGACAUAA